AUGACGGACCCUAGCUUGAGCAGCUCGUCCGGACCCCGCUGGAAGAACAUUAUCGUCAUUGGCGCGUCCGUCGCGGGCCACUCGGUCGUCAACGGACUCGCGCAACACCUGCCGAGCGGAUAUCGUAUCCUAUUGAUUGAGCGCAACGCUUUCGUGCACCACAACCCGUGCGUUGUGCGGUCCCUCGUUCGGCCCGGCUGGGACAUGACCAACUUUACCGCGCCUGUGCGUCAGGACACCAUCUUUCCCGCGGGUAGUCGCCAUCGCGUGGUAGCGCCCAAUCGGGUGGUCAAGCUCCGACGCACAAGCGUGUGGCUCGAACAGCCGUUCGAGGGGGCUGACGAGGUCGACUUUGAGAUCUGUAUCCUUGCCACGGGGGCACAGAGUCCUGCGCCGAUUAGGCCAAUGCCAGGAUGCUCGCUUGACGACUGGCGCACCGCCCUCCGGAGAGUGCAGGACGACAUUGCCUCGGCUCACAGCGUCCUCAUCGUCGGUGGAGGGAGUGUCGGCAUCGAAGUCGCUGGUGAAAUCACUGACGCGUACCCGAACAAGCGCGUGACCAUUGUUCACUGGGAUGUGGGGCUGCUACACCCCUCAGACAGCGGAGGUAACACUGCACACACGUACGUGCCGCCACGUACGCCAAACAAGUUGCGCAAAGACCUCGAGUCGCAGCUCCGUGCCCGCGGUAUCAAGUUACAGCUCAAGGACGGUGUCGACUUUGAAGCCGCAAAGGGCUCGGGACAAUGGGGCGGUAUGCCUGGUCCUCUCGGAGGCAUGCGUACCAUUCCACUGGUAUCCGGUGGAAAAAUUGAGGCCGACUACGUCUUCAACUCUACUGGAAACCGGCCCAAUUCUGACCUAGUUCGCUGGGCCGACCCAGGUUCCCUCACUACCAACGGGUAUGUCUCGGUCGACUCUUAUUUCCGCGUCCGCACUCGUACCCCCAACUCGCCCCUUGUUGGACACUACUACGCCAUUGGAGACGUGUGUAAUUCGCCGUCGUGGAAGACGGCUGAAGCCGCCAUCGCCGAAGGAGAUGCUCUCGCGCGUAUCAUCGUCACCCGACUGCGCGGGAUGAGUCCAACCCCAUACUCUCCUCCUGGACGGUUGCUCGAAUCCACCGUCCUGCUCGGGAGCGGGGGCGGGGCGUCGAUCCGCAAGUUCCCUAUUAUCGGAUAUAUUCGUUCUGAGGGAAGUGUGCGUGAGAAGAGCCACGAUUUCCAUGCUGGCAAGAACUUCUUCUCCCGUUUCCGUGGACAACGCCGCUUCGUGUCCACCAGCUCAUGGAGCCUUGCGAUUUAG